UGGAGCUACUACUCCUUGAACCGCACGAACGCUUGCUUCAUUUCAAAUUUCACUGUCCUUUAUCUUUUGUGUUCUUAAAGCCACGGCUCUUCAAGCGAGCGAAACGCAAGACACGAGCUCCCACGCCUGUCGCGCUCUUGUCCCCUCUUCCUCGCUCUCUUCCGUCCACACCACCACCCCUCCUCCGUCCGUUAUUAUUGCCCUCCUUCGUUCUUUCCUCAACAGCUUUCUAUCCCUUCUUAUUGGGCUCUAAGGCCCCCUUCCCCUCGAUCGAAUCCAGGCUUCUUAUCCCGCUCGGUCUCGACAACGCAGCCUCAUGAAGUUUUCACUGCCAGUCUCGAUCCUCCUCUCCCACGAUCUUCCUUGCCGCUUCAUCUGCCCGAUAUCCGGUCACAUCUCGGACUAAAGCUCCUGGAGCUUCGUCGGUCGACUCACCCACUCCGCGGUCGGAGCAACACAACUCGGUGCCCAAUGAAUUGUGACCACGGAUAAAUCUCUCGCUCGCAAUGAGCCCCCCUUCUCCUAAGAAGAAAACUGGCGGCAAUCCUUCUGGCCCGCGACAGAUCCGCUUCGUUGCUACCGAUGGCCUACCCCAAACCAAACGCCGCCGGGUCAACGCUGCCUGUUUAACCUGUCGCCGGCGCAAGAUUAGAUGUUCUGGAGAACAACCAGUCUGUAAGACCUGCUCCGACUACAAUCAUGUCUGCCUCGGCUAUACCGAUUCCACUGCCCAUUUGCGAUCACAAUCCGACUCUGCAUCCCGCUCACAAGCCCCUCCUUUGACCGGCUCCAAAGAAGCCAGCCAGCAAGUCGCCAGGGCGGUGGAGAGCUGUUCCCCAGAGCCCCCACCGACAUCCGGACCCCGGGUCAAACCCGAUAAAUCCCCGCAAGCGCCGAAACACUUGGAAAAGAAUGUAUCUUCCAGAGAUACAUCGUCGCGCACGCAUAAAGAGUCGGAUUUGCUUGGGAUGGGGGAUAGUCCAGAGAGCGGCCGAACCUCCGUGAGCUCUAGCAACCGCACUCAUGUUCCAUACUUUCGAUAUUUCGGACCAACUGCCAUUGUACCGGGCUUCAAGCAAAUGGUCGUCCAAGUCCGAGGUUCGCGAAAAAGUAAUCCCUCGAUGUCAUCAGAUUCGCUGUCUCCAUUGCGAAGUCCCAGGCUAUCUGAUGCUCCAGUCAACCUGGAAGCCGCCUUGUUAGUUCCCCGGGACGAUCGCGACGCCAACACGAUCCCAUUUUACGACCGCGAUGACGCUUUACCCGUUUCAAAUCUUGUUUCUCAUUUAUGCGACUUGUUUUUUGCACAUCUCGGCUGUAGCUUUCCAUUUUUGCAACGAGAUCGCUUUUUGCAGGAUCUCAAAGACAAGAAGAUCGAUACCAUGUUGGUGGAUGCGGUAUGCUCUCUGGCGGCCAGAUUCUCUCCUCACCCUCUACUUGGGCCCCCUCAAGCGCCGCCUAUUGAUCGCUCACAGCCACCAGCCGAUGUCAACCUCUGUGAACGUGGUUUGCCUUUUGCCCAUCGAGCGAUGAACGCCCUUGUGGAUGCACUUGCCUGUCCCACAUUGUCGGCCGUUCAAGCCUGUCUAUUACUGGCGUAUGAGCAAUUUGGAUCUAAUCAUGAUAGCGGUCUUUGGAUGUAUCUCGGCAUAUCUAUUCGCAUGGCACAGGACCUUGGCCUGCAGAAAUUGCAAGGUCUCAAGUAUAAUUACGGCCAGAAAGGUGUUACUCCCAGCGCAGUUGUGACUGGACACGCUGGAAAGCUUCGAGAGGAUCAGUACGAUGACUUAGGCGCUCACCAGAGCCCGAAAAAUAUUCCACCGGUGAUAGGUGCCGAGCGUGCUCGAGAACGUGAAAGGGUGGACUCGUUCUGGAGCAUUUUCUUCCUUGAUCGCGUCAUCUCCUCUGGGACGGGCCGCCCCGUGACACUACGCGACGAAGAUAUUGAGCUGUGUUUUCCCCUUCAAUCCGAAUCUCAGCUGCCUAAUGGAUGGCCUGCUCCGUUUCCACCUUUAAUUCGCAUCAUCCAUCUUUAUGGAAGAGUGACCGAUUUGAUCAACGGGAUCCAGGAUGCCAAUCAUGUCACCUCAGAUACGCUCAAGAGACUGGCUGGUAUGGAGAGCGACUUGACAGGCAUAUAUCAGCGAUUAUCACCACGGCUACACUUCAAUGCCGCCAAUUUUCAGGCAUAUGUGAAAGCCAAGGAAGGGACCAACUUUAUCCUGCUGCAUUUUUGGUUCCAUACUCUCAUCGUUCUCCUCCACCAGCCAACGCUCCUCAACUCUUUCGGCGGCACAAUCCAGCAUCUCUACCCCAAUAGUCGUGAACUUUCCAUGUCUUCUGCCAAGACGAUUGCUGAUAUCCUGUCGUUCUCGGAAUUGGUCGACGGAAAGAGCUUUAUCGGCAACCCAUUCACGAGCCAGCCGAUGUAUAUCGCAGCUUGUGCAUUCCUAAUGGAGAGUGCAUAUUACUCAUCGCCUUCAUCGAGGUCUACUUCACCUCCGCCCCAACCACUGCUGGGCAGCCAAGCCAGUGGGUUUGUGAUGCCGUCCAUGGACUGCCCAAAUGGUACUGAGCGCAACUCUACAGCCAAGCACAUUCUUCUUGCAUCUGCUGCCAAGGAGAAUUACCAACGCUGCUACAAAGCCCUCAAAGCUUUGGAUGCGUAUUGGGAGGGCACAAGGUAUAUCUUGACAGUUCUGGAUCAAAAGGCUAAAGGCAUCGUCGAUCCGCUUCUUUACACGGUUGAGGAUAUGGAGAAUACCGCUCAAUUUCCCCCGGUACAAAUACUCGGCGCUGCUGGAUGGCCUGGAACUAAAGCUGCGGACCCAGCUCAAGGCUCCGAUAGACCUGUGACUGAGCCCGUGCCUGAUCGAGCCUUGUCACCCAGGAUCGAUCCUGGUCAAGCCAUUGGAUGGGCCUUGACUGGAGCCACUAAUUCCUCGCAGCCCAACCUGAGCUUACUCUACCAGAUGCCUUCCACCCAGAAUCUCCCUAUUUCCGGCAAAUCUGCUCACUCGUCGCAAUAUCACCAUACCUAUCCAGCUGUGCCGGCUCCGACGGGUAUGGCGCAGAGCUCAAGCUCUUCCUUCUCACCGACUGUUCCACCAACCCGAUCUCAAGAUGAAAGCAAAGCAUCUUCCUUUGCGCCGAUCAGUUCCAAAUUCUCCACAGUCCAAUCUCACUUAAUUGGCAGUGAGCCUCCUUACUUCUUGGGAAUGAGCUCUCCAUAUCCCGAGUCAAAUACUCAGGCAUCCGCAACCACCCACUCGGGCUAUAACCACAGCCUUCCGUCUACUCAAACUCCUCAGUAUACUUACUCCAUGGCCUCUACAGCCAAUCCGCAUGCCAAUAUUGCCCAUUUGGGAUCCAGGCCCGGUGAUAUGCACCCCGGCAUUCAUCAUACAGGUGGCAUGAUGAUUGAAAGUCAUGAUGUGGACAUGAACACCUUGCAACAGCAGGAGUCAUUCCCUUUUUCCAAUGGCGAGAUCCUCCCGUGGCUGGAAUACCUGCCACAGGAUGUUCUCAGCUUCUUCGGAGAAACCCAAAAUUUCCCCAUGAUGAGUCCCGACGAUACCAAGCCCCAGCCUCCCCAGUGAUGUUUGAUUGAUGGUGUUUCUUCCAUUACCGUACAUACUUAUUUCUUGGCAAAACUUCAUGCACUAUGUUUUUGUCUGUUUAGCGUUGUCAUUUUGAUCUUUUUGGGCUGGGAAAACUUCUGUACUACUUACUGGUGUAUUGUGGAUGGGAAUUUCCCCGGGCAGCACAUAGAACGCCGUCACGGGUUUUCUGACAGGCUUUGGUCAAUGGAAGUUUGAAUACCUCGAGUAUUCUGCUUACUGAUUCGGUUUCUCUGGGAAACAUCACAUUGAUGAACUGAGUCCAAAGUAAUAAUCUAUCUCCGAC